AUGAUGAGACAGGUUGCCUUUCUGCUGAUGAUCCUGGCGUCGGCCAGUGGUUUCCUGAAAAAACCCAGAGUGUCACUUACACUCUACCAACAAUUCGUCAACUUCUCGACAAAGCACAUCAUGGUUGACCGAAUGCCUGUGGGCAAGUGCUUCAACGUGCUCAAAGAGAAAAGGAUCAACCAGGAAGGGCAGAAGUGCAAGAAAAUCAACACCUUCAUCCAUGCACCUCUCGAGGAUGUCGUCAAAUGCAACCAUGGCAACAAGAUAGUCAACAACAACAACUGCCGUCCUCCCGUAAGAGAAUACUGUCUGCCAGACUCAGAGAUGAAAGUGCUGAGUCCUGUGGAUUCUGGAGACUUGGUGGACGUCGAGUGUUCGGUCCAGAUGGAUGCUCAGUGUUUUGAGGAGCACAUGGUUUGGUGGUUUGGAUCUGGACCGGACUAUGGUUUGGUCUGGACUGAGAAGAACAGCUCUGCUCAGUGUGACAGCAGUCCUGCUCCUCAAACAUGUUUCUACACUUUCCCCAAAACCCUGAACGCCUCUGACUCCGGCUCCCUCCACUGUGCUGUGGCCGCAUGCGGACGUGUUCUCUUCGGAAACGCAACCAAAGUCAUUGUCAAAGAUUCAGAGAUGAAAGUGCUGAGUCCUGUGGAUUCUGGAGACUCGGUGGACGUCGAGUGUUCGGUCCAGAUGGAUGCUCAGUGUUUUGAGGAGCACAUGGUUUGGAUCUGGACCGGACUAUGGUUUGGUCUGGACUGA